CUAUAAAAGCCGUCCGUUUGCCGGUUGGGAAAUCAUUCUGACAUCGUCAGCCUUCCAAGCAACACGCACUCUAACAGAACUACCCAUACAAUUUCAACCCAAAAAAUGUGCCAACAAGUCGUUGUCGUCGCCACCACCAACAACAAGAUGAAGACCAGCUACAGCAUCAAGCAGGUCCUGAAGACGCUCUUCAAGAAGCAACAGAAGCAGCAUCAGCGCCAGCAGCAGAAGCCUCUGGGCUCUCUGGAAUCCCUAGAAUCCGUCGACAAUCUGCGCAACGCCCAGGUUGAGGAGGCCUACUAUGCCGAGAUCGAUGAGAACGCCGCCAACGAGAAGCUGGCCCAAUUGGCCCACUCUCAGGAGUUCGAGAUUGUCGAGGAGCAGGAGGACGAGGAGGAGGACGUCUAUGUCCCAGUUCGCUUCGCUCGCACCACCGCCGGCACCUUCUUCUGGACCACCAAUCUUCAGCCAGUCGCCAGCGUUGAGCCCGCCAUGUGCUACUCCAUGCAGUUCCAGGAUCGUUGGGCCCAGGCUUAAGAACCCAUUGCCUUGCCCAUCAAUCUUCAAGCUUUAAGAACUCUACUAAACAUUGUGAUAGCAUCAGCGGCUUUAACUCCCCAACAAUCUCGGCGAUCCAGCGCUUCCAUUAGUUAUUAAGAUAAUGUGAUAGAAAAAAGAAAAAGAGCUUUAAAACAAACGUAGAAAAUACAAAACAACAAAUAUCAAAAUCAAA